CACAUGACAGGGGUGCGCGGCUGCGCGCAGAACCCGGAUGGGACGGAGCUGCCGGCAGCACUAAACUUGGGCAGAAGCAGCAGCAACAUCCAGAAACCAUGUCUAACAAAGAGGUGAAAUCGGCCUUGAAAAGCGCCAGAGAAGCCAUAAAAAAUAAAGAAUACAAAGAGGCCUUGAAACACUGCAAGGCUGUCCUGAAGCUGGAGAAGAACAACUACAACGCCUGGGUGUUCAUCGGGGUGGCAGCAGCUGAGCUGGAGCAGCCCGAGCAGGCGCAGACGGCCUACAGGAAGGCGGCGGAGCUGGAGCCCGAGCAGCUGCUGGCCUGGCAGGGUUUGGCAAGCCUUUAUGAGAAAAGUAACCAAACUGAUUUCAAAGCUGAACUACCAAAGGUCUAUCAGAAGCUCCUCGCCCACUAUGAAAGCUCGGACAGACAGAAGUGGUACGAGGUGUGCAGGAAGCUGGUGGAGAUCUACCGCCUGGAGAAGCAGCACUUGGAGGUGGCCAGGCUGUGGCACAAGCUGGUGCAGCUGAAGCAGGAGGAGGGCGUGGGCGGCCAGGAGCUGCUGCAGCUGUGGCAGCAGAUGACCCAGCUGUUGGCAGCCCGUCUGCAGGAACAGGACAACGAGACCCAGCAGCUGUUGAUAACAGCUUUUGAAAAUGCCACGAGUUUGGCAGAGAAGAUUCAGAGCGAAGAACAUCAAAAGCUUCUGACUGAAUACAUUGAGUGCUUGUCAAAGCUGCCACACGAAGAGGCAAAAAUGAAGGGCGCCUGCGAGUCGAUGAUGUCUCUGUACCCCAGCUCGACGUUCCCUCUGGAGGUGCUCAGCACGCACUUCAUCCAGUCAGGCGUGUGCGGCGAGGAGGCGGCGCGCUGCUUCGCGAGGCUGGCGCAGCGGGACUCCGACAGCGGCCCGGCUCUCGUCGGGCUGGGGCUCAGCGCUCUGCGGGAGCAGAAGUACGAGGAGGCGGUCCGGAACCUGGCUCAGGGACUCAAGCAGAUGCGCUCCAGCACCAGUGGCUGGUUUCACCUUGCACAAGCGCAGCUGAAAAUGCACCGGUACUCGGACAGCAUCGUUUCCUGCAACCAAGCCCUGAGCAGCAGUGGAGGGGAGGAGGAGUGGACACUGCAGCUGCUGCGGCUCAAGACGGAAGCCCUGGUGCGGAGCGGAGGGGAGCAGUCUGCGCAGGAGGCCCUCGACACGCUGGCACAGAUUUCAGAUGCAGACAAUGAUCCUGUCCUUCUGGCUCUAAAGGGAAGAAUUUAUUUGCAGAAAGGGCAAGUUGAGCAAGCACUUCAGGUGGCGGCUGAUCUCCUGGCUUCGCACCCCGGGCAGGCAGAGGGCCAUGCGCUGAACGGACACAUCCGCCUCUCCCAGGAGGACUACGCGCAGGCCGAGCGCAGCUUUCAGAAGGCAGUGGAGCUCAGCCCGGAGUCGGGGGAGUACUACCUCAACCUGGGGCUGCUGUACUGGCGCAUGGGAGAGGACACCCGGAGAGACAAGAGCAAGGCGCACACGUGUCUGCUGAAGGCCGCGAAGCUGGACGCUCGCCUGGGGCCGGCGUUCCGCUGCCUGGGGCACUUCUACCGCGACGUGGCGCAGGACAGGGCCCGCGCGCGGGGCUGCUACAGGAAGGCCUUCGACCUGGACGGCGGGGACGCGGAGGCCGGGGCGGCGGCUGUGGACCUGCUGAUGGAGCUGGGGGACAUGGAGUCCGCCCUCGCCAUCCUGAAGUCCGUGACGGAGCGGGCCGGCGCCGGCGUGGCCAAGUGGGCGUGGCUCAGGCGCGGCCUGUACAGCCUGAAGAUGAACCAGCACGCUCAGGCCAUCGCAGACCUGCAGGCGGCGCUGAGAGCCGAGCCCCUGGACGCGGUGUGCUGGGAGUGCCUGGGCGACGCCUACCUGAACCGCAGGAGCUUCACGGCGGCGCUCAGGGCCUUCAGCAAGGCUCAGGAGCUGCGGCCCCAGUCCAUCUACAGCCUGUACCAGGUGGCCGCCAUCAAGCAGACGCUGGGCAAGUGCAAGGAGGCGACGGGCGAGUACAUGCAGAUCAUCCAGAGGCGGGAGGAGUACGUCCCAGCGCUGAAGGGCCUGGGCGAGUGCUACCUGUCGAUGGCGCGAGCUGCGAUGGAGACGUUUCUCGAUGCCAGAGCGGUGGACUACAUCGAGCUGGCUGUAGAGUACCUCUUCAGGGCGGCCCAGCUGCGCCCCGACCUGUCCUGCCUCUGGAAGCUGCUGGGAGACGCGUGCAGCGCUGUCCAUGCCGUGUCCCCCACCAGGGCCCGCAUCGCCGUGCCGGGCCUGCUCUGUGGGCUCGCAGCCGGCGGCCAGAAGCACACGCUCCACAAGGCCGCCAUCCUCAGCCUGGGAGGCCGGUGCUACGCCCGCGCGCUGAAGCUGAUGGCAGAGGCUGCUAACCUGUGGUGUGACCUCGGCCUGAACUACUUCCGUCAGGCUCAGCACCUGCUGCCCGAGGAGGGAAGCGAGAGCCCGGAGCUGCUGGAGAAGUCCGUACAGUGCAUUAAAAAAGCAGUGAUGCUGGACAGCAAGAAUCACCUGUACUGGAAUGUGCUUGGAGUGGUUGUCAUGAGCAAAGGUAUGCUCGCUCACGAAGCCUUCAAGGUCGCCCAGUCUCUGGAGCCCCUGUAUGUCAGCUGCUGGAUUGGACAGGCCCUCAUUGCAGAGACCGUCGGGAGCUACGAAACCAUGGAUCUCUUCCGGCACACAACGGAGCUCAGCACCCAUACCGAAGGGGUGAAAGGGUACGGGCACUGGGUGUGCUCCACGCUGCUGGACAAAACCAACAGGAAGUCCGAACUAUACCGCUACAACAUCGUGCAGAUGAACGCCAUUUCUGCAGCUCAGCUCGCGCUGUGCAAAUACACAGAGCGAGUGCAGACAGACGCAGCUGCCUUCACCAUGCUGGGAUAUCUGAAUGAACACCUGCAGCUCAAGCAGCAGGCUGCCCAGGCGUACCAGAGGGCUGUGGAGCUGCUGCAGUCCUCAGCGCAGACAGAAGAGCUGAGCUUUGCUCACAGGAACCUGGGCAGGAGCCUCUGCACCACGGGUCAGUACCGCCGGGCUGUGGAGGCCUACGAGUCCACGCCGCUGACCGAGCUGCAGGACAUCGCCGGGCUGGCACUGGCCUGCUUCAGGCGUGGCCUCCUGCAGGAGAGCAUCAGAGCCUACGAGAGAGCUCUGUCGGCGGCGGGCACUGAGAAGGAGAAGGCCUACAUCCUGACAGCCCUGGCCCUGCUGCAGCACCGGCUGGGCAACAAGGACAGCGCCAAGACCCUGCUCUUCAAGUGCUCCGUGCUGAAGGAGCCCUGCACAGAGAGCCUGCUCUCGCUCUGCGCCCUGGGCCUGGUCAGCCGCGACGCCACGCUGGCCACCGCGGCCCUGGGCGAGCUCCUGAAGCACGCCGGCCCGGCAGAGGCGGUGCAGGAGCGCGGCCUGCUCACCUGCGCCCUCCUCGCUCUGCAGGGGAACAGCGCGGGCGUGCAGAGGCAAGCGGCGAGGGCCGUCCACAGUAACCCCGGAGACGCCGCCCUGUGGGCACUGCUGUCCCGGCUGGUUCCUCAGUACAACCCCAGGAAUGCCAAGGGAGGGGCAGCAGCUGGAGGAGUGGCCUGCCAUUUCAGCAUGACCCAGGGGAAGAGGGCGCUGUUGUACAGUGGCGUGAACCAGCUGGCUUCUGGCAGGCACUCGGGAGAAGACCCCAGCAGGAACGCGCUGAAGACCAUCCAGAGGGCAGCCCUGCUGUGCCCAGAUGACCCGGCUGUCUGGGCUGCUCUGCUGGCCGCGUGCCACACGGAGAACGUCGCCAGCUGUCUCCGAGGCACAGCCCCUAGCCGGACCGGCCUGGAGGGGGCGCUCCUGACGCUGGUGUCUGAAAAAGUGCCGUCCGCGCAGGCCGCGCCCCGAGGCCUGGAGAGCUGGUGUCUGCAGCAGGCCGUGUCGGGGCUCAAGCAGGUGGGCCGCCGCGCGGACGCCGAGGCCCUGUGCACUAAGGCCCUGGGCGCGGACCCCGAGCAGCCGGCAGUCUUCCUCCUGCUGCGGCAGGUCCAGUGUGAGCAGCUGCUGCUGUCCCGCUCCCAGCUGCCGGACAGGGUGCUGGAGGAGCUCCAGAAGGCAGUGCAGGCCAACCGCAGCUCGGUGCCCGCCUGGCACUGGCUGGCGGAGGUGUACAGGACGCAGGGCCUCCUGGUGCAGGCUGUGAUGAGCUACCGGCAAGGCCUGCAGGUGGCGUCGCAGCUGGGGCUCUUCAGCGGGAAGCUGGCCAGCCUGCUGCACCUGGCGCUGCUGGCCCUCGGCCCCUGCAUGGCCGAAGUGUCGAGCAGCGAGUGGAAGGAUUUGGUCCAGGAGGCCAUUGGUGAAGCCCUGAAGCUGGCCUCCUGCCCCUUGGCCCUCCUGCUCCAGGCCCUGCUGCAGUUCUCCAGGAAGAUGGGGGCCAGGGAGACUCGCAAGCUGUUGGAGAGAGUGGUUUACACGCCCGGGUACCCCGAGUCCAUCACCUCCGUGGCCAGCUGGUAUCUCCUGAGGCACCUGCACGCCAAGAAUGACCAGGAGCUCAUGGACACGCUGAUGGACCACGCCAGAGCUCUGGGGGACUCCAGGCUGGAGGACCUUCACAGGCAGCUUUGCUCUGCCUCUGCCCAUUAAAGCUCUUGCCGGGCAACAGCCUCCGCGCUGCCUGACCGGGGCUGGAACAUGAGCCGAAACACCCCCUCGGGCACAUUCAGCCUCCCCCUCCGUGCGUGUUCAUCGGGCUCUCGGUCCUCUCCGAGGGGGAGUGAGAAAGUCAGGCGGUGGCUGUUGGGGACAGAGCUUGCUUUCCCAACUAGCACCUGACCUGCGAAACCGCUGCUUCUAGAACAGUACUGCAGAGCUGCAGGCGCUGGGCUCUUGACGCUGAGAAAGUAGAGGCCAGGAAUGUUCUGGUUUCUCCAUCAGGAUUUGCGCUGCUGUGAAGUCUUUCCUGAUUGCAUGACUGCAAGACGCUCAGUGCGGUGGAGACCUGAUGCAUACAGUUCGUUCUGCAUGAUUUCUGCUCCCAAGGAUUUCUGCGUUCGGUUCUGGGGAGGUAUCAGCGAAUGUAGCCCGCCUUUCUAAUAAAGACAGUUACAGAAAAAUAAAUCAUUCAGCAAGAAAGGA